GUAUGGCUUCGUAAAAAUUUAUGGAAGUGUUAUCGAACAAUGACAAGCUAAGAAUGAAUGAUAUGAAAUUGAUUGAGCAGGAAUAAUAUUAUAUCAGCUAGUUAAAGGAUUAAAGGGAAAAAGUAAGAACCCAUUUUAAUGAUAGAUGGAAUUAUUAAAAAUUGAAUUUCUAAAGAAGGACCAUGUAAUAUUAGAGUUGUAAGGGCAUUUGGAAUAAUUAUAAGAAGAAUGUGAAUAAGUCAGAGAAAUUUAUUAAGAACAUGUGCAGAAUCAAGAAAAUGAAUUUUAUAGAUUGAAUUAAUUAUAAGUGGAGAAAGACAAUCUAAUGAAAGACAACGAAGAAUUAAAGGAUGUAAUUUAACAUUUACGAAAUGAAAAUGAAACUUUAAAUGUAUUCAAAAUGAUAUUAUUUCAUAGUCGUUAUAAUUUAAAAAUGAUGAUUAGUUAAGAUAGUUAUAAGAAUAAUUGGUUGUGAUGGCAGAUGAAAAUUCAAGAUUAAAAUAAGAAAUAGCUAAGUUGGACGAACUUCUCUUUACAUAUGAACCCUUAAAAUAGGAAAAUGAAAAAUUGAAUGAGAAACUAAAGUACUAUAAGCAUGAAAAGCACAGAUUAUCCUCUGAAUUGAAAUCAGGAAAACAAGAAAUUAAUAAGCAAAUAGAGGAAUUUAAAUAAGGAUAUGUUAAGGACUUAAAAAAUGAGAUUUAAAGAUUACAAGAAUACAAAGAAUAAUAUUAAACGUUAAAAAUACAAGUUCAAGAUUUUGAAUAGUAAUACAUUGAAGCAAUUAAAGAAAACAAUGAAUUAAAAUUAGAAAUUAAAUCUCUGUAUGAAAAGGAGGAGAGUGAAAUUAAAAUUAAAUCAGAAAUAGAUAGAGUACAUAUAUUGCAUUAAAAUUUAAGGUGAGAUAAGAUCUUAUGUCAGUAAGAUAUUAAGAGACCUUAAAAUUGAAUGAACUAUUUAAUGGGAUGAUCAAUCUGAGCAGUUUAGCAAACUCUAGAGAUCAUUUUAAUUGA